AUGGAGUCGGUUUUGCUGGAAAACCCUCUCAAUAUCAGCGCCAAGACACUGAAGACCUUGUCGAAUAAUGUCAAAGAGUUCCGAAAGCUAGUAGAUUCCGCAGAAGGUCAGCUGACCUACGAAGAAGCAGCCAUUAGCGCUCCGGCUUGCGAUCCAACCACAACUCAACAGGCCUAUAAUAGAGAUAUAGCAAGCCAUAUUAAUCCAAAAUCGCUCCUUGCAAGUAUAAUACUGCAAGAUAAAAAUGAGAAAAACACAUUGUCUAUUACGAAAGUAUACACUAAUGACUUGAUCAUGCGGCAGAUCAUUAGUUCUGUAACAAACGUUAAUGACCUUAUGACUGUAGAGCUAAGCUCACCAAGACUUCGAAUGUUGAGUAGGACAUCACCAUGGUGCUGUAAUACCCUACUCGCCAACCACCGCCAAUCCGUCGCACUCCCGAAUCCACCGUCGCCUCAUCUUCGUCUCGCCAACCUGAAAAACAUGGUCAGACGACGUUCCGCUUCACCAAGACCUUCGCCUCCAGUGCGUUCAGCAGCGAGACCUUCACCUCCUCCUGCUCAAACCUUGCCAGCCAGAACGGCUGCCCCAAUGGGAGCCGCACCGAUGGGAGCUGCACCCAUGGGAGGACCCACGGCAAAUCCGAUACCGGGUGCUCGUCAACCUGGUCUGAUGGCGCAAAUGGCCGCAACAGCCGGAGGUGUUGCUAUUGGGAGUGCUGUGGGGCAUACUGUUGGCAACAUGUUGACUGGAGGUGGUGGACGCUCGGAAGUUGCCGAAGCUCCAGCUGCAGCUCCGGCCGGUGCCCCACAAGGACAAGCUUACGCUAACCCAUGUGAAUUCGAGUGGAAACAAUUUAUUGAAUGCACUCAAAAUCAAUCUGAUGUGUCACUUUGUCAAGGAUUCAACGAAGCAUUCAAGCAGUGCAAAGCACAUUAUGUACAACAACAGAUGAUGACCACCGUCGGAUUCAUCGGACUUGGCAACAUGGGUGCACAUAUGGCCCGAAAUCUCAUGAAGAACGGGCAUAAAUUAGUUGUGUACGAUAUUAACAAGAAAGUUGUAGAUUCUUUCAAGGCAGAUGGUGCUGAAGCAGCGGCAUGUCCAGCUGAAGUAGCAGCAGCUAGUAGCGAUAUCAUCACUAUGUUACCAAGUAGUCCACAUGUCCGAAAAGCUUAUGGCGGAGAUGACGGAUUGUUAAAGCAAAUGCAACCCGGCACUCUAUGCAUUGAUUCAUCUACCAUUGACCAAACAGCCUCAUUAGAAGUAGCUGAGUGGUGUAAAACUAAGCAAAGUACUUAUUUAGAUGCGCCGGUAUCUGGUGGAGUCACAGGUGCUCAAAACGCAACAUUGACUUUCAUGGUAGGUAGCGGAAAGUGUCAAAAGACUUUUGAUCGUGCAGCUCGUUUGAUCAAGUGUAUGGGCAAGAAUAUGGUAAACUGUGGUGAAGUAGGCGCUGGACAGGCAGCAAAAAUUUGCAACAAUAUGCUUCUAGCUAUAGAAAUGGCAGGCGUAGCUGAAACGAUGAAUUUAGGCAUCAAAAUGGGACUGGACCCGAAAGUGCUCGCCGGCAUCAUUAACACUUCCUCGGGACGAUGUUGGUCUUCUGACACUUACAACCCCGUUCCAGGCGUCAUUGAGGGAAUUCCUCCCAGUAAUGGCUACCAAGGAGGAUUUGGUAGCGCUCUCAUGGCCAAGGACCUCUCGCUAGCGCAGAACGCAGCGACAACAACUCAGUCUCCGACACCGCUCGGUUCGUUGGCACAUCAAAUUUAUCGACUACUCGCUCAGGAUCCGAAAUAUUCUGCUAAAGACUUUGGAAUCGUUUAUCAAUUUAUCAAGUCUCAAAAUUAGGAGAUUAUUCCACUGAAAUUCAAUUUUUCUACCUCGAAGUGCAGAAUCUUGGUGCCAUUCUUUCAUCCUUCCGUUAAAGCUCACUAAUUUUUGGUUGUACCUCAUUAUUAAGCUCAAUUUGAUUGCCGAAUUUUGAAUGAAUGUAUAUCGAAGACGGUAAAGUGUUUUGUACGCAGUUUUAUUACAAAAACUUGUUGUUGUUGUCGAAUCCGCGGCCCCGGGGAGGUUCUCUUCAAUAUGUAAACAACCAUGCCAUCAAUGCGUGGUCUCGUCGGCCUCUCCACUCCAGCCCUCAUCGAUUCAUGCUAUUUGCAGUUUCUUACAACAUCCCGUACUGUUUAAUUACACAAUUAUGUCUCGUGAUAUGUGGUUACUGUGUUGGAGAGGAGAGACAGUAGAGUCCCACA